AUGUCACCGGCACCCAUCCGCAGAAAACUCGUCAUCGUCGGCGACGGCGCAUGUGGAAAGACCAGUCUACUCUGCGUCUUUGCCAUCGGCGAGUUCCCGCAGGAGUACGAGCCCACCAUCUUUGAAAACUACGUCGCAGAGAUCCGACUCGACGGCAAACCCGUGCAGCUUGCGCUGUGGGAUACCGCAGGCCAGGAGGAGUACGAACGGCUGCGUCCGCUCUCGUACUCGCAAGCACACGUCAUCCUCAUCGCAUUCGCCAUCGACACGCCAGACUCGCUCGAAAACGUACAGGUGAAAUGGAUGGAGGAGGUGCGUCAAAUAUGCGGUCCCUCGGUGCCCGUGCUGCUCGUCGGCUGCAAGAAGGACCUGCGCGAAGAUGCCAUCGCCAAGGGCAAGCCCGUCGAGGGCCACUACGUCGACCGCAACCACGCCAAGCAGGUGGCCGCCCAGAUCGGCGCACGCUCGUAUCACGAGUGCAGCUCGCUCAAGAACCACGGCGUCGACGCCGUGUUUGAAGCCGCCACGCGCGCCGCCAUGCUCGUCCGCAACGCAGGCGCCUCCUCCGGCGGCGCCAUCUCCCAGAGCAAGACCAAAGAGGCAUUACACAACGACGCUGGCUCGUGCAGGUGUGUCGUCCUCUAG